AUGGCAGGAGACCUUUCGCUACAACUACUUCAAGAAAUGCAACGUCAAAUGCAAGAAAUGAGAGCUGAAAUCGCUGCAAUACGGGCUGAACGAGUUCAGAACAGGGUACCUGCUCACCCUGUUCAGCUAGAAACAGUGAACAUCGAAAGCGAGGAGAGUGGUCAUCGGGCUACUGGGGAAGAGGGGAUGAGGAGAAAUGACAACGCCAGGAGAGUGGAUGAACAAGGCGAACGUGAAAGAGGAGGUGGUAGGAGGAUAGAUGCAAGAGAUAGAGAAGAGCAGGAGGGAAAUGAAAACAGACAGAAUAGGCCAAGAGGUGGGGAAAAUGGCCUGAAUGUAGGCCAGAGAAACGGUGUUGGGGGUGAAAACAGUGGAGCCAAUUUCAAUGGUCGUAAUGACGGCCAUCGAAAUGCAUCCGGCGAACGGGUUCCAACCAUCGCCGAUCGAGAGAUUGAGACACCCGAUCAAGCAGAAGGCCUGCAUCCAUUCACAACGUGUGUAAUGAGAACGGGCAUGCCAGAAAAUAAGGUGCUGCCUGUAAUGGAACGGUAUGGGGGUUCUACAGAUCCUAUUAAGCACCUCAGAUCCUUCAUCGACGCUAUGGCAGUAUAUUCUUCGGAUGAAAUGGUAUGGUGCAGAGUCUUCUCUUUAUCCCUAAAAGGAGAGGCUCUAGAUUGGUUUCAUUCGUUGGCACCCCAAACGAUAGACUCUUUUGCUACUCUUAGAAGGCUAUUCAGCCAGCAAUAUAUAUCAAGUAAAACACCUGGAAUGACGUACACAGCCCUGAUGAGAAUUAGGCAAGGAAGAGAAGAGACACUCAAAGGGUUCAUGGAGAGAUUUAAUCGGAUGGCCCGACAGGUACGAAAUGUGGAUCAAAAAUUGAUAGUCAGUGCCUUGACUACCGCCUUAAGGCCUGAACCUUUUGUGGAUUACUUAUACGCAGAAGAACCGCAACGCAUGGCCAAUUUGCAGCACAAAUUAGCAAGUUUUAUCCGAAUUGAAGAAGGAAGAGCUCACUAUAAAGGCCAUGAUAAUGAACCGAGAGAGUAG